GUGAAGUACUUCCGGGUUAGAGUGUAACCAACAGGCGGCAGAGCUUUGCAUUAGCCAAGUGCCAGAAAGUUUGUUGUCGGUCCUUCGUCUUAUGUUCCGUUGGCUCUGGUUCUGAUUCGGACCGGAGGAGCGGGCCAUAACGAUGGAGAAGUGUAUGGUUUCUGGGUGUCCGAACCGUGCGAGCCUAAAUAACCGGGCUGUGCUGAACCGACCACCGAAGAGGUUCUUUAAGUUCCCCAAAGACCCGGCCCGUGUAAAGGUGUGGCUCGCAGCGCUGAGGGAGAUGGAGAAGGACCCUUCAGAGCAGCAUCUCAUCUGUGAAGACCACUUCCUGCCAGAGGACAUCUCCAGAAAUGGGAUCAAGAACGAUUCCAUUCCCCUCAUGCCCCCCUACCUGGAUGGACUUCGGAGUCUGAUGAGCCCCUGGGUCAGAGAGCCCCUCCAGGAGGAGGAGCAGUGGCUCUCCAUGGACUGGGAUGGUGAUGAUGAAGAGGAAGCUUCUGCAGCAGCAGGUCCACCACAGCAGAACCCAGAUGUAGGUCAGAAAGAUCCACCAGGACCUCAAACCAGCAGUGAUUUGCUGAGUCGGAGGGAGACCUCUGGUUUGAUCACAGAUACUCCUCUGUCUCUGCUGACUCGGGGUUUCCUGGAGCUGCUGAUGGAGUCACCAGACGCCUCUGUGGAUAUCGUGGAGGUGGAAGCGAGCCUGCAGAGCCCCGCCCACAGAGUCCAGAAAGUCAUCAGCAUCCUGCGCAGUCUGGGCCUCGUCCAGAAGGAGUCGGAGUGCCGGGUCAAGUGGACAGGAACCACCUCCAUCUUCAGCUUCCUGUGGAGGACUCCUCUGAAGUUCCUGAGCUCUCUGGAGAAGCUGAAGCAGGUGGAGAACCAGCUGGAUGGACUCCUCAAAAGCUGCUCCCAGCAGCUCUUUGGCCUUACCGACGACCCGGAGAAUGCUCCGUUGGCCUACGUGACGAUCCAGGACGUCGCUCGUCUGGAAGACUUCCAGGAUCAGACGCUGAUUGCCAUCCGAGCUCCGUCAGAGACCAAACUCAACAUUCCUCCUCCUGAUAAGAAGGAGACCCGGAUGCAUCUGAUGUCGUGCAACGGUGAGAUCAGGGUUCUGACCUGUGACUUAGGCUCAGGAGGCCCUUUGACCUCUGACCCCAAAGGCAGCAGCGGGGAGUUCACGACGCUGGAGAGGAGUCGGGUCAAGACGUACUUGCUCCACCGAGUCCGGCCCACCAUUUCAGUCAACAAUGCAGGAAGUGGGAUAAAGUGGAAAACUAGAAAACCAGAGAACAUUGGACUGCGGUGCCAAUCGACCGUCUGUGAGAAGUCUGCUAAGCUCCAGUGCAGCUCCUUCAGAGAGGUGGAUAGAGAGUGGAUCUUCAGGAACUUCUGGGAUGUGCUGAACUGGGACCAGCGGAUUCAGGUCGUACGCAGCCUAGUGGACGUUGUCCCCGUCCAGAGGAGACCGGGAGCCGUGCCCGGCAGACGGGAGUUCACUUUUCAUUUCAACCUGAGACAUGGUGAGCAGAGACGGAGGGUGUGUAAGGUUCUGUUCCUGGCCACGCUGGGAGUCAAUGAGUGGUUCGUCCUGAAAUGGGUCCAAGGAAAAUCCAAAAGCAAAGGAAAACCAGAUCACGACACUAAGCAGGAAUGCAACCCUACAGGAGAAAGAAUGGAGAUGAUUCCAACUGAACCUUCAGCACAGAUGCUGUGAUCCGGGAUUCCAAGGCCAAUACCGGUCUCCAGCUUCAGAUUAACUGUAUCCUACCGAUCCGGGUUUCCAGGGCCAAUACCGGUUUCCGGCUUCAGAACUACUGUAUCCUACCGAUCCGGGUUUCCUGGGCCGAUACCGGUCUCAAACUUCAGAACUGCUGUGUCCCACCGAUCUGGGUUUCCUGGGCCGAUACCGGUCUCAAACUUCAGAACUGCUGUGUCCCACCGAUCUGGGUUUCCUGGGCCGAUACCGGUCUCAAACUUCAGAACUGCUGUGUCCCACCGAUCUGGGUUUCCUGGGCCGAUACCGGUCUCAGGCUUCAGAAUUGCUGUGUCCCACCGAGCCGGGUUUGUCUUUAACAUGGUGUUUUAUUGAUUUUGUAAGUAAGAACUUCCGCAUGGGCGGUGUGUCGUUUCGGUGGGGGGGGGGGGAUCGGCACAAUCAGCUGGUCAGUAUUAAAACUGACCGAUACCAACCUGACUGGUUUCUUCGGUGCAUUUCCACUGGAGGCGUGUCAGACUGAACCCAGUUCCUCGGCCCGGGAGUCUCCUAUCGUUAUAUCCAUGUAAACGCUCCACAGGAAGUAAACCAGGUCUGAAACCCAGUUUCACAGCUGCUUACCUGUCUGAGUCAGGAAGCAGGUGGAUGGACUGUUUCAAAUGUGGAAGGAGUCUGUCUCCGCAGUAGCAAUGCAUCAUGGGAAGGAAGGAUGGGGAAAGACUGCAGUGGGACCGAUGUGAGCGGGUUCUGAUCCUGAAAAUUAGUUUUUUGUAUUUUAAAUAAAAAGUUCUAAAACACA